AUGCCCAGGCAAAUUUUGAAAAAUACUAAAAUUAAUUUUAAAUUUUGUUUAAAGAAAUUAAGCUGUAUGAGAAUUAAAUUUCUUGGAGAUUGUUAUUAUUGUGUUAGCGGUAUGCCUGUUAAUAGGCCUAAUCAUGCAGAUAUGUGUGUUCUUAUGGGUGGGAGAUUUUUUCUUAUAAAUUAUUUUAAAAUGUCGAAAUUUUCGAAAAUUUCGAAAACUACAAAAUUUUAG